AACCCCACCCAUCUUCUUUUUAUUUUAUUCUCUCUGCCUUCCCUCUUCUCUCAUCAUCCCCAUCACUUCAUCAUUCCUUCUUCCUUUUCCUGCUCCCUGAACCACCAUUGCAUUUUCUCAUCUCAAUGUCCUUCCCUCCAUUUCCCCCUUUCUUCACUACCCUUCUCAUCUCCUUCUUCUUCACUCUGACUCUGGCUAUAACCGACCCGGAUGCUGCAACGGUUCAGUCCAUUUCCUUGCACCCUUCUCCACCGGCCACCAUCCCUGCAGUUCCAGAGCAAUCCGAUGCUGUUGGUUGCCCUCUGGAGCUCUCCGAUGAGUUUUUCCAAGGGGUGAAGAGCGCGUGUGGCGUUAACAAGCACGACUCAGACGGGGAGCUCCACCGUAGCCGGUGUUGCCCGGUGCUGGCGGCGUGGCUUUACUCCGCCUACUCCGCCACCGCGCUCGGCAGGGUCGCUGGGAUGGGUAAAACAUCGAAGGGUCGUAAUGUGCAUGCGACGUCGUAUGAUAUGCCGUUGCUGCCGGAUGAUUCGGAGACUUGUGUGAGUGACUUGGGGAAGGCCUUGAAAGUGAAGGGGAUUGAUCUCGUUCAGCCCAAUGAGACUUGUGAUGUGGUUUAUUGCUACUGUGGUAUAAGGCUUCACCCCUUGAGCUGCCCUGAGGCGUUUUCUGUGGACCAGGAUGGGAAAGUUGUUGAGGAUGAGAGUGUGAAAAUGCUAGAGAGCAAUUGCUUGAGUAGUAGCUCCAAUGUCGAUAAAUUGCCAGGUCUUGGUGGGUGCUCUAAGUGCUUGAACAGUCUCUAUAAGCUUAACAAGAAGACUUCGAAUUCAAGCAAAUCACAAGACAGGACCACCAAGAUCCACAACAAAGAUUGUCAGCUUAUGGGCCUGACAUGGCUUCUGGCGAAGAACCGAUCAGCUUUUAUCCAUACAGUCUCUGGGGUUCUACGUGCUUUUAUGUUGAGCUCAGAUGGCUCUGAUCCAAAAUCCUGCACUCUAAACAGUGAUGGAAUGCCUCUAGCUGUGGAUUCCUCUGAAUUCUCUGAUUCUUCUUCAAACAACCUUCAUGCCCCCAUCUUUCUUUGCUUCUUGUUUCUCUGUUUGCUUCUACUCAUGCAACUUUCUGUACCAUUCAUCUAACUCAGAUCAGAGCAUGAUUAAUGUCAUCCCUGACAUUAUGCACAGUUUUAAUCCCUGUUUUGAGUGCUUGAUAUUUUAUAUCUCAGGCGACUUGGAAUUGUAUUUUUAGUG